AGCCGCUUGUGGCUCCUUCCGAGGGCAACAUCUCUCUUCUCCUCCUGCUUCUUCUUCUCUUCCUCCAACAACACUUGUUUUUACUGCAGAUCUCUUGUCCUCGCUGCUGAGCAUGUGCUGACGAAUACAGCGGAUCGACCAUCUGCCGCCUCUACGCUCGAACACCGUCCAUCAUGGAGCACGAUUCUCAGACUGUCCCGUACGUCCUCGCGUUGCUCCCGGCCCCGCCUUCCCCCGCGGUGCGCCAGUUGAAGGAUGCGUACGAUCGAGCUCUGUCGCGAGUUUUCGCGGACGUCUCGAGUCAGAUACGGGGCACGUCCAAUAUAGCCAAGAUCGAUAUCGCCUUGGUAAUUCCUCAAUUGCUCUCUGCCCAGUACCAGCCUCGUUCUAAAGCCUUCGCUAGCCUGCAGCAUUUGCUAGCUACGUUUUACACCUUCGUAGGUACAGUCAGUGCUUCUGAUAAUGUAGAACUGGAUGGCCCAGGUGGCGUGGAUGUCAGGGUUUUCUUUGUCGAUGACCAGGAUUGUUCUGAAGUUCAACAACAGAGAUUACAUGGCCCUGUUACCAACCUCAAAACACUAGCAAUCUCGCAGAGGGCUUGGGAUCGUGCUUAUGUGCUGGAUACAAUCAGUGGCGAGCGUCUGGCAUCUAGGUUUUCGGAAUACGGUGCUUCUGUAUCUUACAGCAAGCUCCCUGGAGGAAUUGCGUCAAUCUCACCAGAGGGGGUCUUGGUUGCAGAGGAAGGGCGAUCUACUAAACACUACUCAGUCAUCGUCGGCGGCACAUUUGAUCAUCUACAUCUUGGGCAUAAAUUACUACUGACAGCUACAGCACUGGCACUGGAUCCCUUCAACAAUGAGGGCAACAGAUCUCUCACCGUUGGCAUAACUGGAGACGAAAUGCUCGUCAAUAAGAAGUUCGCAGAAUAUCUAGAGAGCUGGGAGGAUAGAUGGCAAAAUACUGCGUCAUUUCUGAAAGCUAUAGUCGACUUUAACCCACCUGAAAACCAGGUAUCUAGUAUUCAGCGGACAGAGAACCCUGGUCCUAAUGGCAAGCGCGUGUCAAUCAAAGUGGUGCCGGAUCUAUAUAUCCAUUUAGUACAAAUCGCCGACCCGUAUGGGCCUACCAUUACAGAGGAAAAUCUGAGUGCGUUGAUCGUGUCAGCAGAGACCCGGUCAGGUGGACAAGCAGUAAACACGGAAAGGAAUAAGAAAGGAUGGGCAUCCCUAGAGGUUUUUGAAGUGGACGUCUUGCAGACGGGAGAAGCAGAGGAGGUGGCAAGUGCAUCUGCCAGCAGCUUUGAAUCCAAAAUAAGUAGUACAGAUAUCCGGCAGCGUCGAAUGAAGAGUGCCAAAGGCCACCUCUGAUAAGAAAGGCACUUGACAUCGGGCUCUCAUGCCGUGUUGCAAAUUCCAAAUGCAUGCUCUUGAUGUUUGACAGUGUGCCACGUAAGGAGAACUCAUGAUCGGAUCUCAAUGCUACA